AUGCGUAUUGGGCAAGGCUUCAACUCGUACACUCAUGAAAUCUGUAUCAAGGGAGCAGUUGCCGUUGAGACGGACGGUGAACACAAGGAAAGCACCCAAACCCGUACUAUCGAGGGGCCAUCGCAGGUAGUUUCGUACUCCGCCAGGGCUGUUGAGAAACUUAGCGACAUUAUUCAGACGAUGAACGUCUCGUACCCUCAUUCCAUCAAGAAGGGCAACGUGACUGUCAGCGGCUCCAACUCAGCCAUUGACGAAGCACUCUUUAAAUCCGCUGACCUCAACAUUAUCGUAACAGUCAAGGUAACAAAUCAGACGACUCUGAUCAAGAACAACGCUAGAUUUGUUCCAAUGAAGGGCAUUGACCCUUCAUCUCAAGCGUUCAAUGAAGCAUAUGGUGAUUCUUAUAUCUCGGGAUUCAUAAAGGGCGGAGAAUUCACCGGAAUCAUCUCGAUCAAAGUCAUUGAUCGAAGCAAUGUUGAUCUGACAGUCAAGAAGAUCAAAGCCCGGCUUGAUGCGAAAGAGAGCAGCAAGCCUACUGAGUUUAUUCUCAACAGUAGCGAUUCUUUCUCUUCUAGGGGAACUGCUUCUGUAAUGGAAAACACUGAGAGUCACAUUCACGUAUCUUGGAUGGGCGGUGGCCAGAUCAAGAACGAGAAUACGCCAUGGGAUAUUGAUUCCAUCUUCAAAGCCGCAGCCGCCUUCCCUCAGAGGGUGUCCGAGCGCCCUCAGCUCACUUGGGCCAUCUUGACAAAGUAUAAAUCAAACAGAUCAUUCCUUGAGUGGGCCAACAACAAGCCUGUCAAGACUCUCGAAUAUGACCAAGUCAGUAGCUAUACCGCGGAGCUGUUCGACAGCUAUAUGGACUACAAAAUACUCCUCAAGUAUGUUCAGCUCACUAUCGAUGAUCCUGAUAACUAUCAGGCUUCUGGUGAUCAAGACUCCUUGGACACAUCCAUUGAAACGCUCCUGGGUAUUCGCUCCGCUAUGCGUAAAGAGCAAAGUAAGAUUAUAGAAGCCAUUUCUAUCCUUAGCCGUGAUCCAGGAAUCCUCUCCCGUCAGGGUGGAUGGGGAAAUACUCAGGCCAAUAAGGUAGUGAAUCGAAUUUUGGGCAGAGUUGCAGGUCACUCGGCCACCAGGUCAGAUCCAACGGACCCCAAGGACCCUACGCCGGGCCAUGAGCAUUUUGACUUUUCUGCUCUGAUACCAGCUGAGGUUUGGAGAAAAUGGAUGCCAGUUCGAAAGCCCACUUCCUCCACUUCAUCAACCAGCAAGAAAGCUAUCACUUCGACUUCUUCUACUGAUGUUAUUUCGGGAAUACGCCCUCCGCCUUCAGAUGAUCAGAAUUGGCAUGGGUCUUCUCAGACCGGAGAGUCGGGUAACAGCAAUAGCAACUAUGUUUCCGUUUUACAGGCGAAGCUCAAUGCUGUCACUCGAGACUUGGAAGCCAAGACGGAAGAACACGUCAAACUUAAAUCUGACAGGGCCAGCGAGUUAGAGGCCCUGAAAACGAAACACAACGAAGACCUCGAGAAUAUUAACAAGAAACACGCGGAUUAUAAUACCCUCAGGCAAGAACAGCAUAAUGAAGUUGAGGAAAGGCUUCGGCGUCUUGAGAAAAAAAAGCUGGAUGCUGUCAAUGCUGUGAAAAGUGAGGAACAACAAAAAUAUGCCAGUUUGCAGAAAAAGCACGAAGACUUGUCCGUACAGCUCCAGUCUUUCUGCGCUGAUAUCACUGAAAGAAUGCAGAGUGAUAAGAAAGCAGCCCUUGAGAAGCUAGAAAAGGAAAAGGACGCUGCAUACAAUGCUCUCAGAGGGAAUUACGAAAGCUUGAAAAAGCAACUGAGCGAUUUGACAGCGGAAGAAUCCACCUUGACCACCGACAGCGAAGCUUUGAAACGAUUGAAUGCCUCUUUGACAGCUGAGCUAAGUGAGAAGAAAACUGAUUACAACACUCUGAAGGCUGAAUACGACUCAUUGGAGAAUCAGAAAACCUCUUGGGUAGCUGACAAGGCGAAGUUGGAGAAAGAAAAGAACGGCCUUGAAACGGACAACGGUGACGCUAAGGGCAGAAUUUCGAAAAUGACGGACAUUUUGAAGUGGGCGGGACUAGCUGAAGAAAGCCGACUGGAUAACUGUCUGCCAUAUAGUUACAGUGGCUGGACUGUCAUGAUCAUGAUGCCGCACAGCAGGAUGGCCUUGAAUGCCAACAACGACAAUUACAGCAAGGCGCACGCCUGGGCCUUCGACAUGCAUAACGAGGACGAGAUCUUUCAACUUGAAAAGGCCGACGACAAACCCACCACGCCUUGGACAAUCAAGCACAAGGCCACCGGCAAUUUACUUGUAUUCCUCAAUGGAGAAGUCGAUUGGCAGGUCCGUUGCAGGAGGAAGGGCGAUUCCGACAUACACGAUAAGGCAGCGCACUGGUUCAUUGGCCGGGGAUCUGCUGAUUCCAACACUACAUGGGUGUUGAGGAACGCUCAAUGGUCAAACUUAUGCAUUGAAUUGGUGCAUGGAUGGGCCGAGAACGGUCGCUGCGCCACUACGGUACAUGUAUUUCUCCGAACCAACCCUCUUGCCGAUCCAGAUUUUGCAGGUCCUACGCAGAUUCUCGGUACAAUUGACUACUCGGCAGCUGGCUGGACUUUGACUGAAUCUAUAAGUAAUCUUUGGGCCUCGGCGCUCUACCAAUUCUUCGAUGCCAGUAUCCAGAGCGCCAUUGCACCUGUCAUUCAAAGUAUCAUUUUGUCUGGUGAUCAGGCAGGUGGGGACAGUGGCGAUUCCUCUGAGGGGACCGACUCUGGUAUGGCAGCAUACCAGAAGACAGUUGGCGGCUUAUCAGUUCGCAACAUUGGGCUCAGCUACUCCAAGUCUAUCCUUUCCAUCAAAUUGGAUGCCUCGAUCAGUCUAGGCCCGGUCGCCUUUUCACUCCUUGGGACAUGUAUUCAGGUGGACUUCUCCAAAGACGGUGGAACUCUCAGUAACAUCAAUAUCGACAUGAUUUCCUUCUCAAUUGACGGAAUGGCUGCCGCUUUCGACCGUCCACCUUUGUUGAUGGCUGGCGCUUUUGAAGCUCUCAACAAACCCGGUGUUCACGGAUACCAAGGCGGAGUCAGCAUAGCUUACAAACCAUGGAUGUUUGCUGCGGCUGGAUUUUAUGGAACUAUGUCGGACCUAUCUUACACCACCGCUUUUGUUUAUGUCUUACUCACCGGACCGUUAGUUACUCUAGAAUUCACCCAGCUCACGGGCAUUACUGGCGGUUUCGGCUACAAUACCAAUCUGAGAGCUCCCAGUGCAGCAGCAGUCCCGCAGAUCCCAUUUAUUACACCUCCGCCUUCAACUGGCUCACCACAAGAUGACCUAGCCAAACCUACCGGUACCGGCUAG